AUGUUGUUCCACACGAAAGAUUAUCGCGGUGCAACCAUAGAAGAUUUGAAUAUCCCCCAUGCAAUCUCCAUCAAUCCGUCGUCGUUGAUUCGCGAUGCAAUAGGAAUUGGAUUUGAGAAUGAAUUUACUUACUUACCAGUAAUACACGAGGUCAAUAAGAGACUCCUAGGAAUAAUAAACCUUGAGCAGUUUAAAGACAACUAUCCUGAUGAUAAACUCAAACCACAAGUGUUCCACUAUAUGCUUUGGUUUAAUCCAAAAACCAAGAUGAAAUAUGAGAAUGAAAUAAUGAAGGAAAAGAAGUCUGUAGAUAACACACCACCAAUGACAAAGAUACUAAAGCCAAAGGGCAAGAGAUAUAGUGUCUUGACACCAUUUAGUCCCUUGGAAGAUUUGGCUAGUUUUUUCAAUAGAGGAAAUUACUUUGCUAUUGUUACUAAUGAUCUGGGAAACGUUGUUUAUGGAGUGGUCACGCCUCAGGAUUUGAUGAAAUACGAGCAAAGCAGACCCAAACUAUAA